AUGCGAAUACAAUCUUUGGUCGUACUGGGAGCGGUCUUCUCGGGCGCUCUUGCUCACGCGGAAUCCGCUGCUGAACGGGCACCGAAAUGGCCUUCCACCACAACUACCCCCGUCGUGGCGCCAACACCCGCAAUACUCCGAGGCCAUAAUGGCCGAACGAACCAACCCUAUGAACAUGGCUUGCUUCUAGAAAAGCGAGAUUCAACUACGGAAGAUGCUGCAACCACCGCAGAGGACGCCACCAGUACGACAGAAGAGGCAGCAACAACAACGACGACGGAGGCGACCACGCAGGCUGAUACCACCACUGCCCCAACAACCACCGAGGCAACGACGACAACCGACGAUGCUACGACUACGACGGAGUCCUCUACAACGACCAGUUCGAGCACAACUAGUUCCACAACCUCAACAACCUCCACAGCCUCGACCACAUCCUCCACCUCCCAAUCUACGAGUAGCAUGUCAACCACCACCACAAAGAGCACAUCGACCACCGCCACAAAGACCAGCUCAACGUCCACUGCGACAAGCACAACUAGUGCUGAAAUGCGGGAAUACAAUCGUCGUGGACACAUAGCUGCCAUUAUUACUUUCAGCAUCUUGGGGGCUAUCUUCUUCGGUUAUGGGUUCCUCCACUGCUACUUGGAAUCACGCAAAAGGCGCCAGAUUGCAGCGAGAAAGGCGGCUGCCGAGGCCGGGUCAGACCACCCGUUGGUGGCAUUGAAUGAGAAUGCCAAGUCACAAAGUGAAGUCAACUUUGACCGGUCAUCUAUGAUGUUCGCUUCUCAGUCGCAAUCCCGCACGGACUUGUCUUCCAUGGCUCAACAAGGUGCCGCUGCCCAGGGGUAUAGCUACACGGCGCGACCGUCAUCGCUGGCCGUCAGUGAGACACGCCAUCAAAGUCCGACAGCAGGUCCGCCCUCCAAUAACCCCCAGGGAAACUUCAUCUGA